AUCACUAAAAGAGACUGUGAACAAAGUGAAACAACGCAAAAAAAAUUGCAUCCGUUUUCUCAAGCACUUAAUUCGAAACCCUCAAAAGUAAAUCAUGGGAAAGAAAAACAAGUACAAGAAAGGUGGGCAGGAGGGCGCCGCAGCACCAGAGCCGCAGGAACAGCAAGAACAACAACGGCAGCAACAACCGCAGCAGCAGCAACAACCGCAGCAGCAGCAACAACAGCAAAACCAACAAAGUUUGAGACAACAGCCAUCCACAAGCUCAGGCGGAGACCAAAAGCAGAAAUUCCAAGGAUGGACAGGACAGAAAACACAAGGCCAGGCUCGGGAUGGCUCAGGAGACCAACAGCAAGGACAAGGGCGGCCUGCACAAGGUCAACAACGUGGCCAACAGCAAGGACAAGGGCGGCCUGCACAAGGUCAACAACGUGGCCAACAGCAAGGACAAGGGCGGCCUGCACAAGGUCAACAACGUGGCCAACAGCAAGGACGACAAGGGCAAGAGGGUGGCUACCAACAGCGUCCGCCUGCACAACAACAAGGUGGCCACCAGCAGGGACCACAAGGAUGGCCUGCACAGGGUCAAAAAGGUGGCUAUCAGCAAGGAGGACAACGACAAGGUGGUGGCUAUCAGCAAGGUCAGGGAGGAUACCAAACCCAGAGCCAAGGCCAAUACCAAUCUCGUGGACCACCUCAGCAACAGCAGGCUGCCCCAUUACCAUUACCGCCUCAGCCAGCCGGGAGUAUUAAGCGCGGAACAAUCGGCCGACCCGGGCAAGUAGCCAUCAACUAUCUGGACCUUGACAUGUCCAAAAUGCCUUCUGUGGCAUACCACUAUGACGUGAAGAUCAUGCCAGACCGCCCCAAAAAGUUUUACAGGCAGGCAUUUGAACAAUUUCGCAUGGACCAAUUGGGCGGUGCAAUUCUUGCCUUUGAUGGCAAAGCCUCUUGCUACUCGGUGGAUAAGCUGCCGUUGAAUACCCAAAAUCCGGAAGUGACUGUGACAGAUCGUAAUGGUCGUACCUUGCGCUACACUAUCGAAAUCAAGGAGACUGCUGACUCGAAAAUUGACCUUAAAUCGUUAACUACUUAUAUGAAAGACCGAAUUUUCGACAAGCCCAUGCGAGCAAUACAGUGCAUGGAGGUUGUGUUGGCUUCACCCUGCUACAAGAAAUCCAUUCGUGUUGGUCGUUCCUUCUUUAAGAUGUCCGAUCCUGGUGAAAGUUACGAUCUGAAAGAUGGAUACGAGGCCCUGGUCGGUCUUUAUCAGGCUUUUAUGCUGGGCGAUAGGCCAUUUUUAAAUGUAGAUAUAUCGCACAAAUCCUUUCCGAUGCCUAUUCCGAUGAUCCAAUAUUUGGAGGAAUUUAGUUUACAUGCAAAAAUCAACAAUACAACGAAUUUGGAUUAUUCGCGACGCUUCCUUGAGCCGUUCCUCAAAGGCAUCAAUGUGGUUUACACGCCUCCUAAGUCGUUUCAAAGCGCUCCAAGGGUAUACCGUGUAAAUGGACUUUCUCGUGCCCCGGCCAACAGUGAGAUCUUCGAACACGAUGGGAAGAAGGUCACCAUUGCGUCCUACUUCCACAGUCGCAACUACCCAUUGAAGUAUCCCCAACUUCAUUGCUUGAACGUUGGAUCUUCAGUAAAGAGUGUUAUGCUGCCCAUCGAGCUAUGCAGCAUCGAGGAAGGUCAGGCCCUAAACCGCAAGGAUGGAGCAAGGCAGGUAUCCGAAAUGAUAAGGUUCGCAGCCACAUCGACGAACGUGCGAAAGGGCAAGAUCAUGAAGUUGAUGAAAUUCUUCCAGCACAACCUGGAUCCGACCAUCAGUCGUUUUGGAAUCCGCAUUGCCAACGAUUUUAUUGUGGUCAGCACCCGCAUCUUAAACCCACCUCAGGUUGAAUAUCAUAAUAAGAAGUUCAGUCUGGUGAAUAAGGGGUCGUGGCGCAUGGAUAAUAUGCAGUUUCUGCAGCCGAAGAACGUGGCGCACAAGUGGACGGUCUUGUAUUGUGAUUCGAGGAGUGGUGGUCACAAAAUACCCUAUAACCAGAUAAAUGACUUCGGGCGAAAAAUAUUAUCCCAAAGCAAGGCAUUCAAUAUAAGCUUGGAUUCUGAGGUGUCUAUCAGACCGUUCACGGAUGACGAGCGCAGCCUAGACACUGUUUUCGCGGAUCUGAAGCGCAGCCAUUACGAUCUGGCAAUUGUGAUUAUUCCUCAGUCUAGAAUUUCUUACGAUACAAUUAAGCAGAAGGCCGAGCUACAGCAUGGGAUUUUGACGCAGUGCGUUAAGCAGUUCACCGUGGAAAGAAAGUGUAACGAUCAGACGAUUGGAAAUAUUCUACUUAAGAUCAACUCCAAGCUGAACGGAAUCAACCACAAGAUCAAGGAUGAUCCUCGACUGCCGAUGCUGGUGAACACCAUGUACAUGGGAGCCGAUGUGACCCAUCCCUCUCCCGAUCAGCGCGAGAUUCCCAGUGUGGUCGGCGUAGCAGCCUCACACGAUCCCUACGGAGCUAGUUAUAACAUGCAAUAUCGUUUGCAGCGAGGGACUUUGGAGGAGAUCGAGGACAUGUACACAGUAACUUUGGAGCACUUGCGCGUGUAUAAGGAGAACCGUAAAACCUACCCUGAUCAUAUCCUCUAUUACCGAGAUGGCGUGAGCGACGGCCAGUUUCCAAAAAUCAAAAACGAGGAACUGAUGCAUAUUAGACAAGCCUGUGACAAGGUGGGCUGUAAAGCUAAGAUUUGCUGCGUGAUUGUGGUGAAGCGUCAUCACACUCGCUUCUUUCCCAGCGGCGUCGAAACGCCAUCGAACAGGUUCAACAACGUGGACCCCGGUACCGUGGUCGAUCGCACCAUUGUGCAUCCCAACGAGGUGCAGUUCUUCAUGGUCAGCCAUCAGGCCAUCCAGGGCACAGCCAAGCCAACACGAUACAAUGUGAUCGAGAACACAGGCAAUCUUGAUAUCGACUUGUUGCAGCAGUUGACCUACAACCUGUGCCACAUGUUCCCUCGUUGCAAUCGCUCGGUCUCGUAUCCGGCCCCGGCCUAUCUAGCUCAUUUGGUAGCUGCUCGCGGACGCGUUUAUCUGACUGGCACACACAGGUUUCUGGAUUUGAAGAAGGAGUACGCAAAGCGCACGAUUGUCCCCGAAUUCAUGAAGAAAAACCCCAUGUACUUUGUCUGAGCAACUUAUUGGAUCUUAUUUUUCAUCGUUUUAUUAUCACAUUUCUUAAACAAAUAUAAAUUAUGUAAAGGA